GUGUAUGCGUUUAGACUGCAGUGGAUGGGACAAAGGUUAGUUCACUACAAGGUCGAGUAAAACUAGUACUACGGUAAACGAAAAAAGGAAGUGGAAUAUUGCUCACUCGGAUUUCGAGGAACGCAGUCCGGUGUGGGAAGUUGGAAUGGAUAUAUAUACUCAUGAAAUUCGACAGAGUAAGCAGUUGAGUUAACGUCAGAACACCGGGAGUAUUCGUGUGAUAUCCACAUCGUCGUCUGCGAUUGAUGUGUAUGAAUUGCAGCUGCUCUGUGUAGUGCGUGCUGUGGUGCUCAACGCGUCGUCACUGAGCUCAUUAUCCGAGGAGGAAAUUCUAAGACCUUCCGAUUCCUGGAAAUCGCGGCUUGCGGUCCGGGCGCAGUAAUAGCUCAGCGCACACGUAACAAGGCCUCUUCAGUCUACGCAGUAAAAGCACUGCGGCGGGAGGCUCAUACCGUUUGUUACCGUCAACGAAGCAAGUCGGAGAGAGGAGAAAUUGCUGAGAUUUUAUUCGGGAUUAUUUCUUGGCGUUGAUGUGCGGGGGAGUGCUGCAGUCGCCAAUCGGUGUCGAUAGAGUACUGUGUGAAGAGCGAGUUUGUGCCGUACAGGGCCUGAUGCCGCCCGGUACCAUGUCUCACCAUCAUCACCAGAACUCUCUGGUGUCCACACAUAGUGGCACGAACCAAAGGAGUACUGAGGACGAUCUGGAGCGCCUUAGCUCGGCCGUCGGUACCUUACAGACGUCUGGCUGGUACCAUGGUGCUAUGAACUUUGCUGAGGCCAAGCGGAAACUCAGACACUGCGACAUCGGUACUUUCUUGGUCAGAGACAGUUCCGACCCGAAUUACCUGUACUCACUGAGCGUCAAGACACCGAGGGGUACCACCAGUGUACGGAUCGAGUAUGCGUACGGUAAAUUCACGCUGGACUCGGAGGAGGCGCUUCGACGACUCGCGCCAAGUUUCGAUUGCGUGGUCAAACUUUUACACCACUACAUGCCCAAGAUGAAUUCCGCGGGGAAGAAAAACAGAGACAAAGAGGAACAGAAGAGGAGCAUCGAGAGCGGUAAUAACAGGAACAACAACGCCGGUCAGUUUGUCUGGUUAGAGCCGUCCGGUCGUAGAGACAUCGCAGCUCAAAUCAUCAAGCCUCUACGGUCUCAAGUGCCCAGUUUAGAGCAUCUAUGUCGGGUGUCUCUGAACCGUUACGUGGAACCCAGACACCAAGCGGACCUGCCCUUGCCUGGCAAACUAAAAGGCUAUUUGAAGCAGUACCCAUUUGAUCAAUGAUGAAGGGAAACUGAACCACGAACGAACUUGGGCGAGAUUUCUUCAUCAAUGAACGUUCUUGGAAGAACUUUAAGACUGAACAAAGUUCCCGAGCGCUAUACGUGCCAAGGUAGAUGAGUAGCUGAUUCGGCGUCUAUGUUGGGAAUAGCAGUCUGUGACUAUGAAAACACGGUUUUUAAGACCACCUGCUGAAAGUCCACCAAGUCACAUUCAAGUUGAGUUCAUGACCUGUUUCCCAUUUGCCACCACCCCUGCGGCCUUGACUUGCCCCCCUUCGUCGCCCGGCUAUGACCCCAUCACAUCGAGGAUGUCCCGACCUGCCGUUCGACCGCAGCCUGAUGAGGUGACUAGAAGGCCGGUCUACUUUGAAGCGAGGGGAAAACCGCGUCCAACAUCCUGUUUACCCGUAGUUGAACAAGGUGUGUGUUCCAGACCACAUGCGCAGCACAAAGGGUCAAUCCAACGUGCCUUAUAUUUCAUAAUUAUCUUUGGAUAUCAAAAUGUAACUCUAAAACAAAAGAAAUGUAAUGGAAAAGGUUUUCUUUUAAUCGUCAAACCGAUACGCCCGUACGUCUCUCAUGCUUGACGUUAAUCGGUGUGCCAAUAAAAAAAAACUUUUCCAAACUGUAUUUUUUUGUAAAACAGCCAAUGUAAUAUUAUUCAUACAUACAAAUAUUUCUCAUUCCGAGAAACGAGAACGGUCACAGAAAAUAAUUGAUUGAAUGGAAGGUUACCAAGUUGCAACAGGCGCCUUUCGAAAGUUGUACCACAAGUAAAUUCUAAUGCAUUUCACAACCUGCUGUUUUGUCAGUUUUGGUAGUCUGUUUCAGAUCAACAUUCCACUGUUCAUUCUUUGAAAAUGAAAACUGGAAUUAAACUUGGACUGGUCGCUCGGUCGCUUAAUCAAUUCAUGUUACAUGUACAUGUAGUAGUAUUACUGAAUAAUUUCCAGAAUAUUUUUAUCACUGUGAUGUGUGAAUUAUUGUCCAACACUCGUAAUGUUUUUAUUGUCACUUGCAGACCACGGUCAAGGUCUGGACAGAGACCUUUACUUUCAAAGUUUUAGAACACCAGGAUGUGAUUGUAACUUCGAGUGUGAAAACUUGAACUAAAUUUUGCGUAGAAGCAGUGAUAACAAAAAUCACUGGAAAAGGACCAAAGUCCAGAGGUUGCUUCUAUUUUAGAACUGAUACAAAAUUCCCAUUGAAAGCACAAUGACAUGUAAUUUUAAGCUCGAGCGAUUUUCCUGGAACCCUUUAGCGAAUCCGACAAAUGGAUAUCCGUGUUGGUGAUACAGUAGAUAGAUUUGAUUAUAAUUCAAAAGUUAAUGACAAUAGUUGUUGCACAGGAUAUGGAGUAAUACGGAUGUAACGAAAUGUUAAGAACUGACGUACAUGUAUUUGAUUUUGGGCCUUUGUGUAUUUCCCUGGUAAUGUAUUUUUUCUUCACAAGAAUGGUACAAUCAUUCAAUUUGUGAUUCAGAGAAAAACUCUACCUAAUUUGUUGUGAAUCAAUUAAUGAUCCAUUGUAUUGGUAGGAAGCAAAUGGAACACGUCCACAUUAACCUCCAAUCCUUCCCACGAACAAGAGAUAAUUUGGCCCCGAUUUUCUGUUACCAGGAAAAACACAACGGUACACUUUGUGCAUUUCGCGGGGUGUUAUCAAUGUGUUACGCAACGUUUCUACUCUUGUUCCUUUGUUGUGGGGUGACGUGUUCCGCUUUCUCACAAAGGCAACAAGAGGGAUCUUAAGAGGGCAGGGACAAAAUGGCCACAGUCCAGAGUGGACAAUAAUGGACGUUGGUGCAAUUUUGUUGGCAGUCGGGGGGUCACCGCAAACAAUGAGAAGACUUCCUGUAGGCUCCUUUGAAGUAUGUGAGUGACCGUUUCCUUGAAGAAAGGACAAUUCCUUUGCGGUUUUUCUUAUCACAAUGGUUGAGGGGACACGUUUCGACCCGUCUCAGAAGUUUCGCAAUUUUCAUUUCGGCCAUGAUGAUAAAAAAUCUUACAAAGUUCUUAUUUUGAUAAUUGAAGUUGAGAUUCUCUGAUUGAGUUACACCAUGGAGGUACACUUUUCCAUUUAACUUUGAAUAUCACGAGGACAUCAAGACUAUUGCAAUACAUGUAUGUCAUUAGUGGCUUUUUUAUCUAAAAACCGGAAAGUACAUAAGCGAACCAUGUUUUUGAGAAGAGUACAAUUUUCAUGGACCUUUAUUUAUAUUCGUAGUACAUGUACAUUGCAUACAGCCCGGCAUUAUCUUAACCAAAAAAAAUGAAAGAAUUACUUAAUCGAGAAAAAAACACUAAAAAAAGUUUGGCAUUGUAUCAAAAAAAGUUCUUUGUACAACCUUGGACCGCUUGAUUGGUGUUCCCUGAUCAGACAAAACCAUGGCGAUCCGAUGUAUUUCCUGCAAGUUAUGUCCGCUUAAGGAUAUGUUUUUAAGGACCGUUUUAAGGAAAGUCUGAUACGAAAUUUUCUACCUUUAUUUAUCUUGGGUAAAAUGCCGGAAGUUAUUUCAUGACUUGUACAUGUAUUACAAUGACUAUUCAGAUUGUCAUUGAAACAAACAGAAACAAAUAGGAACCCAUGUGAGCAAAAUGUAUUUGGAACAGUAGAUGAAUUGGCUUAAUUAAACAAGUAUUUAUAAUUGUGUAAAACGGUACAAUAACCCAGCUUGUUGGAAGUCACAUCCCGCAAUGUUAUUGCUAUCUUUAAUCAAGAAAGGGAAUUAUUUCUCAGGUACAUUAUACGGUAAAUCCGCCAGAUAACGAUAAUUAAUUGAUAUGUUUCUGACGGCUGUACGGCCGGGUUCGUGUGCGACAGCCCGCGUAUUAUUAUAGCGUAGCCAUUACAAGCGCGCUGAUGGAAAUGAGUUCCUGGAAAAAUGGCACGCUGCAUGCAUAGCGGAGUGAAUUGCUCGGCCAGCCGUGCCUAUAGACUUGGUUAUGCAUUAUAGUUAUAGGGUAGUAGCGCUGGUAAUAUAAUGUACACCUGACGCGAUUGUGUCUGACAUGGCAUGCAGGUUCUCGUAAGCCGUCCUUGGCGGUUUUCCUACCCAAUCUCUUUUACCUGGAAAGCCGCAUAUAUUUUUUGAUUGAUUUAGAGACAUGACUAUCUCUGUUUAAUCUAUGCGUGGUCGGUCGUUGUGGCUCGCUGGACAUGUGACAAAUAUUUGUGGAACAUUUUUCUUGAAUCCCCUUUCAUGUUUGAGUCUGCGCCACAUCCGAUCUUGUCUUUUAUGGCUGUCAAUCACGCAUAUUCUCGCGAGACACGAAAUUGUACAAUUGUGAUAUCCAGUCUAAACGUUUAAAUUGUUGAAAAUGUACUUCUUAACAUUGUUUCUGUCUAGUCAACCUUAAUACCGGUUGCUUUGUCAAAAACAAUAGUUAGACUUGCUAUUACAAGUGAUUUUUUAAACAUGUUUACCGAAUACUCUUCAGUAUAUUUACAAGUAUAUUUUACCGCAAGAUCUGUUGUGUCACACGCUGUGGUUUGCUAUAUAUUUUCCCAAGGUUGAUUCCAAGAAAUGUUUACAGUUGCGGAAGUAAAGGACAUUGAACCUUCUCACAAGACAAGGAAGUCAGAAGUAUCCAACAAAUAGGAAUUGUUUUUCUGGAAAUGAGAAAUGGUCGCCAUUAACUAAUUUUGCAUUUGGUGAGAAAAAAAACAUGUUUCUGGAAUUUUACAUUGUAAAAUGCAAAUUUAUUGCUGACUUAUAUGAAUAUGUAAAUAAUGUACAUAAUGCUGUACAGUUACUAUAUUUAUACAACGUACGAGGAUAGUACAAAGUUAUAUACAAAUUUUGCAAGGUGUAUGUAAUUGAUAUCGCUGUUUUUUUUAAAUGAAAUGUUGACUUCACAAGUGCAAUAUAGUUCGUUCCAAAAAUAAUUAAUAAAAGAUGUUCAUGUUCUACAAGAUUAAAACGAGGAGUGACACGUCAUGUUAUAUAAGU